AAGGCCCAAUACGGGCCCAAUGACAAACCCUCGUUUCAUAUAUUUUAACUUGGCUCCGAUCCGAUCAUCGGUGAAACAAGUCCAACCCUCCGGCGACUAUGGAUUUACAGCAAACGCAGCGGUGCUGGAAACUUGAACUCGAGGUUUUAGAUAGCGAUUCUUCAUGGAUCAGUGGAUUUGACCCUUCCAAGAAGAAGAAGAAGAAGAAGAAGAGCAAGCCUCUGGUACGCGAAGGCGACAUCUUGUUCCAGAAAGGAGGACACUUUUUGGAGGAUAAUGCACCACCCCGUCAAUCUUGCCAGAACUUUGAUGAGCCAGAUUAUGGCUACAAGGAGCUCUUGAGUAGGGCGUUUGAUAGGCUUCGUGAUGACGAUCUUGAGGCUUCUACAGAAAGGCCAAGAACAGUAAUGAUGCCUCCUCAGCUCCUUGCACAAGGGACGGUUACAGUUUGUUUAAACUUUGCUGAUCUCUGCAGAACGAUGCAUAGGAAGCCGGAUCAUGUCAUGAAAUUCUUGCUUCUCCAAAUGGAUACAAAAGGAUUGUUGAACAAACAGCAACGGCUAGAGAUGAAGGGUUUAGUGUCUCAUAGGGAUUUUCAAGCUGUGUUACGGAGAUACAUUGAUGCGUUCGUAAUCUGCAUUUGCUGCAAAAGUCCUGACACAGCUCUCGGGGAAUAUGAUGGUCUCUUCACUCUCAGAUGUGAGAUGUGUGGUUUAGCAGCAUUGAUCGAUGUACCAAGUCCCCUAUGAAUAACUCAUCAAGAUGUGGAACUUAUAGAGCCACCUGCUGGCCAAGGUUCCGCUGUCAGGAUUAUAGUGAGUUCUUGUAUAUGCAACCUUUUCUGACUUUGUUAGUCAGUUGUACAAUCUUGAACCAGUCCAGAAGAUGUUUUUCUUUACAAUACUAAUUAAACUUGAACCAGAAGAUGUUUUCCUGAGAGAUAUAGGGAUGAGAUAAAACUCUGGAAAACAUUUCUGAGAUGUUGUUUUUACUGUAUGCCUAAUGGAAGUUCGUUAAUGUUAA